AACAGGUGUGUUCUCCUUGGGGUGAGCUGUGGUGCAAAUAUUGCAGACUAUGUGGCUCAGAGGUCUGUAGAGGCAGACAAGCUUUUAGACCCUAUUAAGGUGGUGGCCCAAAUUCUGAUGUACCAUUUUUUCAUUGGAAGUGUCCCCACAAAAUCAGAGAUUAAUCUGGCUAACUCUUACUUCUAUGACAAAGCUAUGUGCUUGCUUGCAUGGAAACUCUUCCUACCUGAGGAAGAAGUGAACCUAAACCACCCAACUGCCAACCCUCUGAUUCCUGGGAGGGGACCACCCUUGAAGUGCAUGCCUCCAACACUGACAGUUGUGGCAGAGCAUGACUGGAUGCGAGACCGAGCCAUUGCUUAUUCAGAGGAGCUCCGGAAAGUUAAUGUGGAUGUGGUCCUUUUUUAUUACAAGGAUGUUGUGCAUGAGUUUGCUACCCUUGAUGUGCUCCUCAAGAUACCACAGGCCCAAGCCUGUGCUGAGGACAUUGCCAUAUGGGUCAAGAAGUAUAUUUCACUCAGAGGCCAUGAGUUUUCUUAUUGACUAUGCUGACAAAAAGAGGAAUAAGAGUAUUCGUAGAAGGAAAGGAAUAUGGUUAAACACCUAUAGGAGCAGUUAGCUGAUGUAAGUAGAGCUUUGCAUAGUAUCCCUUUCAGUGGGCUGAAUUUUAAAAUGAGAGAGUAGUUUACUUGUUUAUAUCAAAAGCUUGUAGAGUAUAGCAUCAGGCUGUUCAAUUUAUCUGGUUUUCUCUUGUCAUUACUAUAAAGAUAAGCAAUUUCUUUUUACGAGGGUGCAAUUAUUAUGAUC